GCCGCGGGCCGGAAGCCGCGCCGGGUGCCCUGUGAACCGGGAAGGGCUCGGUUUGAAUGAGAUCCGGCUGAUUCACCGCGGCCCGGGCGGCUCCGGCCCAGACAGAGGAAAGAUUAUCAAAAUACCUCUGCUGACUUUGGAAGGAAAGGAGGAAAGAGACUUACUGGUGUCAUCUUUACAGUCAAAAAGUGGGAGCUGCUGCCACAUUUGAUCUGUGAUCACCUCUUGCUAAGCACCAGAAAUAUGGAUAGACUUCUGCGACUGGGAGGAGGUAUGCCUGGGCUCGGACAGGGGCCACCAACAGAUGCUCCUGCAGUUGAUACGGCAGAACAGGUUUAUAUCUCUUCCCUUGCACUGCUGAAAAUGUUGAAGCAUGGUCGUGCUGGUGUCCCUAUGGAAGUCAUGGGUCUGAUGCUUGGAGAAUUUGUUGAUGAUUAUACUGUGAGAGUGAUUGAUGUUUUUGCAAUGCCACAGUCUGGAACGGGUGUCAGUGUGGAAGCAGUGGAUCCUGUAUUUCAAGCAAAAAUGUUGGAUAUGCUGAAACAGACUGGAAGACCUGAGAUGGUAGUUGGUUGGUAUCACAGUCAUCCUGGCUUUGGCUGUUGGUUGUCUGGUGUAGAUAUCAAUACCCAGCAAAGCUUUGAAGCCUUAUCAGAAAGAGCUGUUGCUGUGGUGGUGGAUCCCAUUCAGAGUGUAAAAGGAAAGGUAUGGUAGGCUUGCUUUUUAUUUUUAAGGU